GAGGUAAAGUACUAUUAUACAUUUUAAGGAAGGCUCUGACACUGACGGUCUGAUCAGAACUCCUCUCCGUCUCCUUCGACCUAUCUACAGCCGCCAUGGAAGGCCAAGCCAACCACCAGCUCGAGCCGUGGCAUAAGCUUCCCGACAAGGUAGUGAUGGUCACCGGCGCCUCCUCCGGCUUGGGCCGCGAAUUCUGCCUCGACCUUGCCCGGGCCGGCUGCCGUAUCGUGGCCGCUGCCCGCCGCACCGACCGGCUUAAGUCUCUCUGCCUCGAGAUCAACGGCCCGGCCGCUUCCUCCUCCGACCCGGCGGCCGAGCCCAGUAGCUCCCGGGCGGUGGCGGUGGAGCUUGACGUCUCAGCCGACGGGCCCACCAUCGAGGGGUCCGUGCUGAGGGCCUGGGACGCUUUCGGCCACAUCGAUGCACUGGUCAACAACGCCGGCAUUCGAGGGAAUGUGAAGUCUCCGCUGGACUUGUCCGAGGAGGAAUGGGACCAUACUUACAAUACAAACACGAAAGGAGCGUGGUUGGUCUCGAAAUAUGUGUGCAUUCGAAUGCGAGACUCGAACCGAGGAGGUUCCGUGAUCAACAUCUCUUCCACCGCCGGCCUUAACCGAGGCCACCUCCCCGGAAGCAUUGCAUAUGCUUCCUCCAAAGCGGCGGUAAACACGAUCACGAAGAUCAUGGCUGCGGAACUGGGGGUCUACAAGAUCAGGGUGAACUCAGUCUCUCCCGGGAUUUUCAAGUCCGAGAUCACGCAAGAUCUGAUGCAGAAAAACUGGCUCAAUAAUGUGGCACGCAAGACCAUCCCACUGCAGUCCUUCGGCACCUCGGACCCGGCUCUCACAUCCCUGCUUCGUUACUUAAUCCACGAUUCCUCGGAGUAUGUAUCAGGCAACAUCUUCAUAGUAGAUGCAGGGGCCACCCUGCCCGGCGUCCCCAUUUUCUCCUCUCUUUGAUCGUGUCACCAUGUGCAUCGUUAUAUUGUCCGUCUGUCGCAGACAACUAUGAAUCUAUGUUGCAGUUGUGAAUAGAAUUUGCCUUUUUCCUGAGAUUGUGGGUUUUCCAUUCUGUCAUAUACAAUAAUGGAAGUGAAUUUUCAGUCUCUAAA